GGCCCUUGGCAAGACAUACUGUGCAGUGGCACUGUACUGGAGUCUAUGAUGUUCUCUUUCAUCUAGUAAUUUCAACAUCAGCAGACACAAGACCAUGGACAGUGGUAAACAGAUGAGGGUGACAGUUGUUUUCAGUCUUCCCUUAAUUUUCCAGUUCUGCACAGGCAACAAUGUCACUGAUGACUAUGACUUCAACACCACGGUUGACUACAAAAAUUAUGAGAUUAUGUGCGAGAAGGCUGAGGUCCGGAGCUUCCGUGCUGCCUUCCUCCCAGUCAUGUACUCCAUCAUCUGCUUCACAGGCCUGCUGGGGAAUGGGCUGGUAAUGCUGACCUAUGUCUAUUUCAAGAGGCUCAAGACCAUGACAGAUGUCUACUUACUAAACCUGGCCUUGGCAGACAUCCUCUUCCUCUUGACCCUCCCCUUCUGGGCCACUAGUGCAGCCAAACACUGGAUUUUUGGGGAGUUUGCCUGCAAAACAGUCUACUGCAUCUGCAGGAUGAGCUUCUUUAGUGGGAUGCUCCUGCUGCUGUCCAUCAGCAUUGAUAGGUACUUUGCCAUUGUCCAGGCUGCCUCUGCCCACCGCCUCCGCCCCCAGAUGAUCUUAGUCAGCAAAAUCACCUGCAUCCUUAUCUGGAUCCUGGCCUUUAUCCUCUCCAUCCCAGAGCUAGUCCACAGUGGCGUACAAGACUCAGAGAACUCUCUUCCUCGCUGCUCCAUUGUUGCUUUUGAUUUGCAACAGUUUGACACCGGCAUCAAAGUGUCCCAGAUGGUCUUUGGCUUCCUGGUGCCUCUGGUGGUCAUGUCCUUCUGUUACUUCGUCAUCAUCAAGACUUUACUCCAGGCCCGGAACUUUGAGAAGAAUAAAGCCAUCAAGGUCAUCAUUGCUGUGGUAAUAGUGUUCGUUGUCUUCCAGCUGCCCUACAAUGGUGUUAUGCUGGCCAAGACCAUCUCGUCCUUCAACCACACAGACAGCAUGUGCGAGAAGAGCAAGCAGCUCGAUGUGGCAGAUGAUGUAACCUACACCUUGGCUUGCUUCCGCUGUUGCCUCAACCCUUUCCUCUAUGCUUUCAUCGGUGUCAAGUUCCGCAAUGACCUCUUCAGGCUUCUCAAGGAGCUGGGCUGCCUAAGCCAAGAGAGGCUCUGGCAGCUGUCAACCUGCAGGGAAAACAAGAGGUUCUCCAUCGCCAUGGAGACAGAAACAACCACCACUUUCUCACCAUGAGGUGCAUUCUGCUCCCACUUGGACUGGGCUAAACCGGAUGUUUUCCUAUCAAAUGGAGCCAUCAUGAACUACUGACUAAGCAGAACCAGCCUCUGGCUUGCCCAGAUAACUGUACAAACUUCCCCACAUUUCUGGAUAUCAGCACUGGUGAAAAAUGAGCAGAGACUUUUAUAAUGGACAAUUAAGCUGGACAGCAAUAAGACUUGGCUGUAAUAUGUCUUAUAACAAUAAGACUCCAUUUUCCUUCUACUCUACCAUUUUCUCAUUACAAAAACUUGAAAAAAACAUAAUCCUGAAAAAAACCACCACAAACACUUGAGCAAAUGAAGUUCUUGUGUUAGAGCUGAGCUCCCAGGAAUACUCCCUUACUUCAAAUGCUAAAUUGAAUCAGACUGACUUUUGCCAAAUAAUGGCACCACAAGCUUCAAGAUAUGUUUUGAGCACAAUUACAUGAUAAGCUAUAUCUAGCAUGCAACUCUCAACUCUGCUUCCCCACCCCCUUUUCCAUUCUUAUCGAAGUAUUAUGUAUAAUUUACACACACACACAUUUUUUUUAAAAUAUACAAAGUAUGGUAACGACCCAUUCAACUGAAAAAAAGCUAAAGUAAGGUCAUUGGGAAAACAACUUCCAAAUCACUCCUGCUUGUGGCAAGAUACUGGGAUCCCAUUUAGGAGGGCCCAUAUAAUCUGUAGGGCUUGAGCAUCUUAGAGACAGUCACCUCUCUUUAGAAGUGAAUUAGAGAGGUCUUCAUUUGGGGUAGUUUAAUUCAAAUAAGAGCAUCCCCACAGGGUUUAAUGUGUUUUAACCAACGCAGAUUAAAAUGUCCUGACUAUCCCCGGGCAGGCAGGCUGCUGGUGUUCUAAACUGCAAACUGUGAAUCCCUGGGGCUGGGUCCUCUAAGGUGCAAAAUACUUUGGCAUCAAUCCAACAAAACACUUAGUAGACUUGAAUUUUAAGCACCCCAGUAGUCCCAAUGCUGCUCCACCCACUGCAGUGAAAGUGGCCUCUGGUUCUUCACAUGCUUGACAUUAAAGUACAUGUUUAAGUGCAUUGCUGGAUGGGGGCCAGAAUGCUCGGCACAUUGUGGGAAAGAACCCAGGAUGCAUGCAUCCUGAUUUCAAGUCUGAAGUUUGCUCUGGCCUUGGUCUGAGAGCUCAGGUUUACCAAUCUUUGGAGCCUACUUAACUAUAGCUUCUUGGGCUUUUCAUAACAAGGUAUAAGUAUGCUUCUGAAGAAAAUCUAUGAAUUGUCACUGUAGCUUGCUGCCUUUGGUUCAAAUGAUGAAUGCAUGGAUGAGAGUUCUGCCUUCCCCGCCUUAUCCCCACCUCUCUCUAUAAAAAAUGCUAUAAAAAGGUGCCUUUUCAUGAAUCCAGGAUAAAACCAAGCAUUUUAUUUUUAGGCUACUGAAAAUGUAUUUUAUAUUCCUAAUGUCUGAGCUAAUAAAGAUGCUUGUCACUGCAGUUUGAUUUAACUGUGAAAAAGCAUCAUGUGCUGAAGAUCACUGCCAGGGCCACACACUUGAAAAAAACAAAACGAAAACAUGGCAGCUGAACAACAGAUUAUUGUCAUGUAAAAUAAGACACUGAAAAGAAGCCCAGAAUGUAAUGUCAGUCGGUUCAUUUACUGAAAGAAUGAAGGACUCCUACUUAUGGAUGAAUGUCCUGGGAAUUUGUGGUCAUGGGACAGCUGACUGUCAAUUGGAUAGGAUUUGCUGUAUUUCAUUUUGCAUCUGUUCUAACUAGAGUUCUGUCAUCACUAAACCAUACAGCUCUCCCCUGAGGCAGACAGCAAGGGCAAAAGGUCCCAGUACUGCAUCUCUAUUGGCAGUGUUCACCUUAUUACAGCAAGUGACACAGAAGGAUGGUGCUCCUAACCCCAACCUCUAGCCACAUUAGAAGCAAAUUCUACCCUCCAUGGAAAGAAUCCCAACAGCCUAGCUGGCUAUUCUUGUACCAAUGCUGCCACCUACAUAAUUGGCCACAUACCCACACCCACAGGCACACAAAGCAAACACCACCACUUUCUUGAAAGCAUUUGAUCUGAGGUCAGGGCAUACCAAAUGAUACAUCUAGUCUGUCUUUGAAAAGAAAAUGUGUUCUGCUCUCUAUCAUUUGUGUAUUUAGAAUGAUAGUCCCAUCAGACCAUUUAUAAUGUGUCCUUUCUUGAAGCCCAUGUCACUGCAUAACAAGUGCUGCUUCCUAAUUAGUCUUAGAAGAUGGGAAUGGUAAAAUGACACACUAGAAUAUUCAUUCCCUUUAAGUUUGAUCCUACACUCAUUAUUCAGACAAGAUACCCCUGGACUCCCAGUAAGAAUUCUGUCAAAGCAUAUCAUGCAAGCUCCUUUUAUUUUGCUGCAUCAAGACAAAAUACUUAAAUAGUGUAUACUUAUAUAGUGUAGCUGUGCAAAGUCACUAUAUGUAGAAAAAGAGUCCACAUUAAUGUACAUUGAUGACAUAUUGCUGUAAAUUAAGCUUUUCAUGCUAAGCAUUUAUUUUCAUAAGGAAGCCUAUUUUGUCAAAAAAGUAUUUUUAAUGUUAUCCAGUUUUAUCAUAGAAUCCCCUUUCCCCUCUUUCACAAUACACUUCUCAAUUUUAGAGCAUCGCUGCCUAACUUCAUUAUUAAUAGGAAUAUCAGGAGCAUGCUGGGUAAAGUUACACACCAAUUACAGAGAUACUCACUAAUUGAAUACUAAGACACUUGGGCCGUGCUAUUUUGAAAUUUGGGAUCUUAAGUUAGGAUGAAGUACUAUUUAAGCAUUGAGAGAAGGGGAAUCCAGACACUUAUCCAAGAGUGUUGAGCACUUGACUUCUCUCAGAUUGUGAACAACUCCAAGGUGCCUGGUUCUUUUGAAAAGUAUAUAAAAAGGACAAGAAUAGAGCACUUAAACUGGUGGUUUUCACUCAGGAACCUAAUUUGGAGUCUCCCCAAAACUUGGAAUGUGCAGAUGUGCUGGCCAGUCAUGAAAAACAACCAAUUAAAAUACCUUGUUUUUCCCCCCACUGGCAUUGUCUCCAAGAGAGGGAGCUAGUACUGUUCCUAAUAGUUAAAUAUGAAUUCUUCUAGACCUAUGAAGAGCUCCCUGUUGGUUCCUUUGCUCAAACCAACAGCAACCUGUAGGAAAAUAAUGUGUAAUGGCCUUAAUUGACAUCUUAUCUUUCCUUCAUCUAUUGGUGAAAAUAGCUUUAACAAGUCACUGAUAUAUUUAAAAUAGUGGAGCUUUAUCCUUAUUCUAACUCAGAAUCCAUUUAUGUCAAUGCUGCUCUAAUAUGGGUGUAUCUGAUGGUAUCUUGUUUUCUGCUUUUGUGUACAAGAAUUUUGUAUUGGUAAAACAUGUUUAUGUCUAAUUAAAAAAAACCCCAGCAACAAAACGUUUUUUCAAUCACUCAAUGGAAACUAUUUACAUAAAGAGACAACGACCACAAAGCUACUGCUAGAAUUCACCUGAAUUCAAAAAUAAAAUGUAGGAAACAGAAAAAUAUACCAUAAAAAAAAAUCAGACCAGUUGUGCAUCUCAUCCAGUCUCCAUCUCAGACAGAGUCCAGUACCAGAUAACCUGCACCUAGGGGAAAAAAAAAACUUUUCCAAAUCUCGA